CCAGCUCCACCAGCGUCAGCAGCGCUGGAGGCGGUGUGCAGCUCUUCAUUGUUCUGCUAGAAAAGCCCGAUCCGCGGCCCGGACGCGUUUUGUUUCGAAUGGCCGCGGCUCCAAAUCCACGUCCCACCUGAAAGGGAGAGAUCCAUUUGUGCGGUGGAUCAGGAUUUCUGCGUGAUCCGUGGGAAGGAUAUAAAAGCCUUUUGGUGGGCAGGGACUGUGCGUGGAUCCAGGAGGAGGAAGACGGGAAGGCAUCCCGGAUCAUUGAGCUUCCCUGGUUUUCUUGCAGGGCGCGAUUUGAAGACGUGAGCAGAGGUUCCCGUUUCCCUUUGCAAGCUCGUUGCCAUGUCCGAACUAGCCGAGAGGCCCUCCACAGCCGGGCAGAGGCUAGGCGCACCGGAGAGCUUCGGGGUGUCCACCUUGGAGCCCGGCCUGCGUCCACCGGUCCAACCUCCAGGACGGCAGGUUUCUUUAAGGGUUCAGAUGCUUGAUGACACACAGGAAGUCUUCCAGAUAUCACAACGAGCACCUGGGAAAGUGCUUUUUGACCUGGUUUGUGUCCAUCUCAAUCUCACAGAAGGGGACUAUUUUGGGCUGGAGUACACGGACCACCGGAAAAUGACGGUAUGGCUGGAUCUCCUGAAGCCGGCACUGAAGCAGAUCCGACGACCUAAAAACACCAUCCUUCGCUUUGUGGUGAAGUUCUUCCCUCCUGACCACACGCAGCUCAUGGAGGAGCUGACUCGGUAUCUGUUUGCGCUGCAGAUUAAGCGAGACCUGGCCUGCGGUCAUCUUAUCUGCAACGACACCAGCUCAGCUCUCAUGGUUUCCCACAUCAUUCAGUCGGAGAUUGGGGACUUCGAUGAGAUGCAGAGCUGGCAGCACCUGCUGCACAACAAGUACCUCCCCGACCAGGACGCCAUCAGAGACAAGAUCAUCGACUGCCACCGGCAACACGUCGGACAGACUCCUGCGGAGUCAGACUACCAGCUGCUGGAGAUCGCUCGGCGGCUGGAGAUGUACGGAGUCCGUCUGUACCCUGCGAAGGACCGAGAGGGGACCAAGCUCAAUCUGACUGUGUCGCACACUGGGGUCCUGGUGUUUCAGGGUUACACAAAAAUUAACGCUUUCAACUGGUCUAAGAUCCGCAAGCUGAGCUUCAAACGUAAAAGGUUCCUCAUCAAGCUGAGAGCGGACCCAGCUCAGAACUCCCACCACGACACGCUGGAGUUCGCCAUGGCCAGCAGGGACUGCUGCAAGGUUUUCUGGAAGAUCUGCGUGGAAUACCACGCCUUCUUCCGACUCUUCGAGGAGCCUAAACCUAAACCCAAGCCCAUCCUCUUCACCAGGGGUUCCUCAUUCCGGUUCAGUGGAAGAACGCAGAAGCAGAUCAUCGACCACAUGAAGGAUUCAGAGCUGAAGAAAGUCCCCUUUGAGAGGAAGCACAGUAAGGUUCUGUCCAGCAGCAGCAUGUCCCCCCAGUCUUCUUCCUUCAGAUCCCAAGUGCCAAAAGAGAGUGCCACCUCUAUCCUGUUAGCAGACCAAACCGACUUGGCAAGACUUGAGGCUAAAAGUAACGGCACCGAGGGGCCAGCGACUGUCGCCCCUCCGACUAAUGGCUUCUCUGACUUGGAUCCAAGCCGACAGAACCACAAUGGAGUGAGCCAGCAUCUCCUCAACCCAGGUCCAACCAGCAGGGCAAACAAAGAAGACUCAGAUUGCAAGGAAUCACCUCAGGAAAGUCUGCCGGUGGUGGCGAACGGCAACGGCACAGAGGACGGGCAAGGGAAGGGCGUCCCCAGCACGGUGGAUGUGGGGCAGACUGCAGAGGGACAGCAACUUUCACCGCUUACCAGCCCUCUGCUCAUCGAGGCUGGAUACGUCCGCCAUGACGAUGAAGAGGAGGCGAGGAGGAAGAAGUUUCCCACAGACAAAGCUUACUUCAUCGCCAAAGAAUUGUUGACAACAGAGCGGACCUACCUCAAAGACCUUCAGGUUAUCACAGAGUUCUUCCAGAAAGCUGUGGGGAAAGAUGAAGCAUUUCCAGACUCUGUUAGGGAUCUGAUAUCCUCCCACUACGACCCAGUCUACAGGUUUCAUCAGGGAUUCCUCAAAGAGACGGAGCAGCGGCUGGCACAGUGGGAGGGUCGGUCCAACGCUCACAUCAGGGGAGAUUACCAGCGUAUUGGUGACGUUUUGCUGAAGAACAUUCAGGGUUUGAGGCAGUUGACGGUUCACCUCCAGAGGCAUUCGGAGUGCUUGGUCGAACUGGAGCGAGCUUGCAGGUCGAGUCGGAAGGUGGAAGCCCUCUGCAGGGACUUUGAGCAGCAGAGGGUUUGUUACCUGCCUCUGUACAUCUUCCUUCUGAGGCCUCUCCACCGUCUGCUGCACUACAAGCUGAUCCUGGAGAGGCUGUGCAAGCACUACCCGCCCACCCAUGAGGACUUCAGGGACAGCAGAGCUGCUCUGGCAGAGAUCUCCGAGAUGGCGCUCCAGCUUCAGGGCAUCAUGAUGAAGAUGGAAAACUUCCAGAAGAUCUUGGAGCUGAAAAAAGAUCUGACCGGCAUUGAAAACCUGGUGGCGCCUGGAAGGGAGUUUAUCAGGUUGGGUUGCCUCAGCAAACUGUCGGGGAAGGGCCUGCAGCAGCGGAUGUUCUUCCUGUUUAGCGAUUGUUUGAUGUACACCAGCCGAGGGGUGACUCCGUCUAACCAGUUUAAGGUCCAUGGGCAGCUGCCUUUGUAUGGCAUGACGAUUAGAGAAAGUGAGGAAGAGUGGGGAGUCCCUCAUUCGUUCACGCUGUUUGGUCAGCGGCAGUCUGUGGUGGUCGCUGCCAGCUGUGCUGCAGAGAUGGAGCGUUGGGUGGAGGACAUCAGGAUGGCCAUUGACCUGGCAGAACAGGGCACCACUCCGAACACCGACUUGCUCUCCACUGACAGCAAGCCUUUGGAGGAGGUUGGAUCCGAGCUGGAGUCUGAAGAGGAGCUAUGCGGCUCACGUUCAUCCCUGGAGCGUCAGAGCCACCGUGGCAACACCACCGUGCAUGUCUGCUGGCAUCGGAACACCAGCGUUUCCAUGGUGGACUUCAGCAUCGCUGUGGAGAACCAGCUCUCAGGUAACCUGCUGAGGAAGUUCAAGAACAGCAACGGCUGGCAGAAACUCUGGGUGGUCUUCACUAACUUCAGCCUCUUCUUCUACAAGUCCCACCAGGAUGAGUACCCGCUGGCCAGCCUCCCACUUCUGGGCUACUCCGUCACGGUCCCGGCCGAGUCAGAGAACAUCCACAAAGACUACGUCUUCAAGCUCCACUUUAAAUCCCACGUGUACUACUUCAGAUCGGAGAGCGAGUACACCUUUGAACGGUGGAUGGAGGUGAUUCGAAGUGCCACUUGUUCCGCCAGCCGUCCCCUACUGAGCUCCAGGAAAGAUCUUUACUGAUGAAUCAAGUGAAGCUAUUGACUUGUCUUGGAGCUUUUUACUCCCACUUUUUUACACACAAACACUCUUUGGUCCUUAAAGUUUCUGUCACACCAGUCUUCCUCCGAGUUCUUGAUUCUGUUUUUUCUGUGCCAAUCUGGAAGAUACUGGUGAUGUUUCUGACUAUAUUCCCACUAUUCAAUUCAACAUUUAGGACAGUUAGAAACCAUGUCCUUCUUUUUGCAAUGUGUGUUUUUGUACAGUAUUUUGAUAACACUGUGAAAAUGUUUCUUUUUUUUUUUUUGGUCCCCUUUUCAUUUGUCUUCACGGAGAAGAACCACUUUAAACCUGCAUCCAAAGCCAACAGAUAUUUCACGUCUUUUAUCGCCUUUUGUCUAGUAUUUUUCCAGCUUUCUGGAAUAAUUUUAAAAAGAUUGUGUUCAUAUGAAAAAUAAACAACGUCAAUCAC